AUGAACGCCAUUUUUGAUAAAGUUAGUAGUAACAUUUAUGACACAUUCGCUGAUAUUGAUGCUCGUAAGGGCUUGAGAUUACUUGUUAUUGUUUGCGGUUACAUUGUUUUUAGAACCAUUGCCCAAAGAGAGUUGACGAAAAAACAGUUGAAACAACAGAAUGAAAUUCGUGAAAAGGAACUACUCGAAAAAAGACAAGAUAAAUUGGUGGAUGAUCCCCUUAACGACGCUGUCACCAGUUCAUUUGGUUUCGGUAAGAAAACAAGAAAAAGAGUUCAACAUCAACAAAAGAUUUUAGAAGAAAGGUUAGAGGCAAGAUUAGAGGAAAUGAAGAAAUAUCAAGGGAAUAAUAAUGACGAUGAUGAUAUUGCAGAUUUAUUAGUUGAGUGA